UGCGGCUCCAGCCGGCUUGGGGCCGCCAGGGAUCCGAAGUAGCGAGUUGUGCGACGACGCUGUACGAUCUGGCCCAGCCAUGGACCGGAAGGUGGCUCGAGAAUUCCGGCACAAGGUGGAUUUUCUGAUUGAAAAUGAUGCGGAGAAGGACUAUCUGUAUGAUGUGCUGCGGAUGUAUCACCAAACCAUGGAUGUGGCCGUGCUUGUGGGAGACCUGAAGCUGGUCAUCAAUGAGCCUAGCCGCCUGCCGCUGUUUGACGCCAUCAGGCCCCUGAUCCCGCUGAAGCACCAGGUGGAAUACGACCAACUGACCCCCCGGCGUUCCAGGAAGCUGAAGGAGGUGCGUCUGGACCGUCUGCAUCCCGAAGGCCUCGGCCUCAGCGUUCGUGGGGGCCUCGAGUUCGGCUGUGGGCUCUUCAUCUCCCACCUCAUCAAAGGGGGUCAGGCAGACAGUGUUGGGCUCCUGGUAGGGGAUGAGAUCGUCCGGAUCAAUGGAUAUUCCAUCUCCUCCUGCACCCACGAGGAGGUCAUCAACCUCAUCCGCACCAAGAAGACUGUGUCCAUUAAAGUGAGACACAUUGGCCUGAUUCCCGUGAAGAGCUCUCCUGAUGAACCCCUCAAAUGGCAGUAUGUGGAUCAGUUUGUGUCAGAAUCUGAGGGGGCGCGGAGCAGCCUGGGCUUCCCCGGCAGUCGGGACAACAAGGAGAAGAAGGUCUUCAUCAGCCUGGUGGGAUCCCGGGGCCUUGGCUGCAGCAUUUCCAGCGGGCCCAUCCAGAAACCUGGCAUCUUUAUCAGCAAUGUGAAGCCUGGUUCCCUGUCUGCCGAGGUGGGGUUGGAGACAGGGGACCAGAUUGUCGAAGUCAAUGGCAUCGACUUCUCCAACCUGGACCACAAGGAGGCCGUCAACGUGCUGAAGAGUAGCCGCAGCCUGACCAUCUCCAUUGUAGCUGGAGCUGGCCGAGAGCUGUUCCUGACGGACCGGGAGCGGCUGGAGGAGGCACGGCAGCGCGAGCUACAGCGGCAGGAGCUUCUCAUGCAGAAGCGGCUGGCAAUGGAGUCCAACAAGAUCCUCCAGGAGCAGCAGGAGAUGGAGCGACAAAGAAAAAAGGAAAUUGCCCAGAAGGCAGCAGAGGAGAAUGAAAGAUACCGGAAGGAGAUGGAACAGAUUGUGGAAGAGGAGGAGAAGUUUAAGAAGCAGUGGGAAGAAGACUGGGGCUCAGAGGAACAGCUGCUCUCAUCUAAAACCAUCACCGCCGAGGUGCAUCCAGUACCCCUUCGCAAGCCUAAGUCCUUUGGGUGGUUUUAUCGUUACGAUGGCAAGUUCCCAACCAUCCGGAAGAAAGGAAAGGAUAAGAAGAAAGCCAAGUAUGACAGCCUGCAAGAGUUGAGAAAGAAUAAGAAGGAACUAGAGUUUGAGCAAAAGCUUUACAAAGAGAAAGAGGAAAUGCUGGAAAAGGAAAAACAACUGAAGAUCAACCGGCUGGCCCAGGAGGUGUCUGAGACAGAGCGGGAAGACCUUGAGGAAUCGGAAAAGAUUCAAUAUUGGGUGGAAAGGCUCUGUCAGACGCGCCUUGAGCAGAUUUCCUCUGCUGAUAAUGAGAUUUCAGAGAUGACCACGGGGCCCCCGCCUCCCCCACCUUCUGUGUCUCCCCUGGUCCCACCCCUGAGACGCUUCGCAGGCGGGCUGCACCUCCACACCACUGACCUGGAUGACAUCCCCUUGGACAUGUUCUACUAUCCCCCUAAGACUGCCUCUGCCUUUCCUGUGAUGCCCCACCCCCCACCCUCCAACCCAUCCCCCAAGAUCCCCGCACCCCCUGUCCUUCCCUCAUCAGGCCGCUUGAGUGCCUCCUCUUCACCCUGGGUGCAACGCACUCCACCCCCCAUUCCCAUCCCUCCCCCACCAUCUAUUCCCACCCAAGACCUGACUCCUACGCGCCCGCUACCCUCGGCACUGGAAGAGGCCCUGGGCAACCACCCCUUCCGCACUGGGGAUGCAGGAAAUCCAACAGAGGACCGGGAAGCAAAGAACCAUAGCGGGAAGCCUACUAAUUCCCCUGUCCCUGAACGGAGCUUCCCACCCACCCCAAAGACAUUUUGCCCAAGCCCACAGCCUCCACGAGGCCCUGGCGUGUCCACCAUCUCCAAACCUGUCAUGGUCCACCAGGAGCCCAACUUCAUCUACAGGCCAGCUGUGAAAUCCGAGGUCCUGCCACAGGAGAUGUUGAAGAGGAUGGUGGUUUAUCAGACCGCGUUCAGACAAGAUUUCCGGAAAUAUGAGGAAGACUUUGACCCCUACUCCAUGUUCACCCCAGAGCAGAUCAUAGGGAAGGAUGUCCGGCUCCUGCGCAUUAAGAAGGAGGGAUCCUUAGAUCUGGCCCUGGAAGGCGGUGUGGACUCCCCGAUUGGGAAGGUGGUCGUCUCGGCUGUGUAUGAGGGGGGAGCUGCGGAGCGGCAUGGUGGCAUUGUGAAAGGGGAUGAGGUCAUGGCGAUCAAUGGCAAGACUGUGACGGACUACACCCUGGCUGAGGCAGAGGCCACCCUGCAGAAGGCCUGGAGUCAGGGGGGCCUCUCCCCACAGGACUGGAUCGACCUCGUCGUUGCCGUCUGUCCCCCCAAGGAGUAUGAUGACGAGUUCUCUUCUCUUCCCUCCUCUGCAGCCGAAAGCCCCCAGCCGGUCCGAAAGUUCCUUGAAGACCGUGCUCCCGUGCAUAGACACGGGCUCCUCCUGCAGCUGGAGCCACAGGACCUUCUUCUGAAGUGCAGAAGGAGAAGGCAAAUUCACCCCUGGAAGUCAGCGAGCUCUGGACUCACCCAAACACAAAGCCUGGAACCAGCCUUGGGAGAUGCCAGCCUGUAGGCAUCCUUGAAACCUACGGCCAGCACCCAGGGAUGUCAGACUCCCGCCGGCCCUGAAGUAGGGCUCCGGAAGUAACCCCGCAGGCCACUCCUCUGACGGCCACCAUGGAGGGAGGAAGUAGCCAUUCUGAAGAGGGCCCCUGGGAUGCAGACUCUCAUUUCUUCUCCCAGCCCUGUGAACUUGGUUUCUCCCAACACUGGGACACUACCCCCUUGAAUUUGAACAGGCCUUGAAUCCUGGGUUUCUCUCCCCUCCCUCUCCUCUUGCUUCUGCUAAUUUCUGCCACAAACCUUCCUCCAAACUCAUUAACAAAAUA